UAUUAGACUUGUGUUCUUCAUCCACCACGUGCUGGCCUUUCAUUUGACCACUACAAGUCCAAUCAGAAGCACAUUCUGCGCUCACGUUUCAAUCCAAGACAGCGGAUUAACCGGUUUGAGGUCCUCCACGGACACAUAUCAGCUCAGGACAAGGGCGCUGGUCUGUUUAAGAGAGCUGUUUUAUAGACCUGAAAGACACAGAAAGCAGAGAUUCAGUGAUAGUGGGAGCUUCCCACAUCAUGGAUGGAUGGAAAGCCACAGGGAAGAUCAUCAUGCCACAGCUGGUGGUGAGAUUGUUGGUGGGAAACAAAUUAAGUAUUUUACUGAUGGGACAAAAAGUCCUACAGAUCAUCUUAAGGUAACAAACUGCUUGGAGCACAGACACAGUCCACCUAACAGAGUCACAGAUGGAGAUUCAAGCAGAAAAUCACCUUCUCAUGACCUGGAGCAUCUGAGACCAGCUGAGCACACAGAAAACCUGUUAGAUGCCCUCAGACAGGUACCUGACAGACGGUGUGUGACGGCACCAUGUGGAGAUCGAUCACGAUCCUACAUACAUCUGAAGUCCACAACCAACAUGGGUUACUCAAAACAACUCAUGCAAAAUCCUCAUAUUACGGAGCCACAGACAGAGGAUCCAAUUAAAUCCAGUCCAGAGUUCUGCCUCCUCUCAUCUGUCUCAGAGGAACUGCAGGAUUUGGAACCACAAACAUUCCACAUCAUCGAGGAGGAAGUGACAUCACUGGAUCCGUCUCGAUCAGGAACCAUCCAUCAGUCAGAACUCACAUGUCUGUUCCUCAGACUGCAGCUCCCUCUGAAGCUCAGCACACUGGCAUGUAUGUUCCAAUCCUUCAGUAACACCACCGACCCGGAGCAGGUACACUACCAAGACUUGCUGCAGUUCAUACAGAAAGCUGUACAAGAAGAGAAACAGCAAAGUUUUAAGGCAGAGAUCUGGGAUGCGUCAGUGGCCAGUACUGACCUGGAAUCAGUGAGCGACAGGAGCAAAGUGAAUGCAGGUCAAAGAGAAACAUGGCUUCAGAGGUUCCAGAAGAUGGAGAUAGCCUUACAAAUGUGUGACACCCAAAACACAGGAUAUGUGGAUAGAGACCAAGCCAAACGCCUGCUACAGAACUACAGCCUCAUCUAUGAUCUGAAUCUGAGUCCUCUGAAGGUCAGCGAGGUCACACGUAACACUCAGCAAGAGGGCAAAGUUCACCUCGCAUCGGCUCUGAGGCAGCUGAAGGAACUACACAUUGCUUAACCUUUUCCUUAAAUCUAAGCAAAUGCUACAGCAUUAAAUACAGCAAUAAAUGCUCUGUCUGGGAAAUUUUAACAAUGACAAAAAAUGCUUUUAAAUUACAUUUUUCCAACAUUGAAAACUGAGUGAAUCUCAUAUAAACAGAUCAUGUUUUGCUCCAAAAAUCCAAAGAAAAAAAGAGAGAUUUUUGUAAAAAAAAUAAAUUAAAAAAAUGUAACUAAAUGAAUCACGUCCUAAAUAAAUAAAGGUCCUAAGAAUAAUCAUAAUUUUCUUUAAUCAAAGUAUUGUUUUUUUAUUUUCCUUUUGAUUUUAGGGUGAAAUGAACCUCGACAUAUUCAGGUUUCACGACAUUAACUUCCCCCUCACUUUCUGCAGUUGAAUUGGUCAAUAAUCAACUGUAUAUUAUCAAAAUUUAGUUUUGGUACUCCAGUGUGUGCUAAAGUCAUUUCUGGUCCAUAAUUUCAAUAUUCAAGUAAGAAAUUGGUGCAAAAACAGGAAUAAAAAUUUUCUUUUGGUGCUCCAAUGUGUGCAAAUAGUCGUUUCUAGUCUAUAAUUUCAAUAUUCAAGCAAUAAUUUGGUGCAAAAACAGGAGUAAACAGAUGUACAUACGUCAGAUGUGAUCUAAAGUAUAUUGCAUUACUUCUACAAUGUUUUAAGCAUUAGAUACUGUUGCAGGAAAUACUAAUAUGCAAUACUGUAAACGAGCACAAGAGGGCGAUAUUUUACUGUAACACAUAUUAUUACUCACGAUUAAAACUAGAUAAUUAAAUAAAUGAAUUGUGUUAUUACCUCGAGCAACAUGCACUGUCUUCUGUGAUCCAUGUUUCUUCAUUGGACUUCAGGAGAACAAAAUAAUAAUGCAGCUUACAUGAAGAUGGAAAAAGAAAAAAAAAAUGAAGUUAUACACCUCCACCCUUUAUCUGACUUCUCGUUUAAGCAUUAUGUAUGGCUGUGUAUUAUUACAUUGCUGUUGUCUCGAUAUAUUGAUAGUUGCACUCUCUCAAAUUUGCAGAGUAAAUAAAACACGGAUUUCCAAAUAUGUAUGAAAGAUUAUUAAAGUGUAGCAUAAUUAUUAACCGCUAGAUGGCGAACAGCCGACACAAACAAAUCACUAUACGAUGCUGUAAAAGACAAACUGGACUUUAAAUGAAGUACAAACUAGUAGGCCUUUUUGUUGACGCUGGAAUGCGCAUUAGCAGGACUAAAAUGUAACUAAAAAAGAAGCACAGUUUGUGAUAGCCUACCAUUUAUAAUGUUGUUAAUAUAUAUAUAUAUAUUUUUGUAAUCAGUUAUUUAAGGAUAACACUAUCUAUCUAGCCUCUGAGAUUUGUCUUUCCCUGUUCAAAUAGAUAGGAUCUGUACUUACUGUACUUGGAAAUAUCUGCCUAGGGAGUGAAACGGUCCAUAACACUGUAGCAAUGCACAG